CCCCCCUCCCGCCCAAUGCCGAGGCGCCGAACGAGAAAAAACGUUGGCCUGCUCCCCCCCCUCGUCCGACCCGGGAAGGCCUCGCGGUCGGCGUGGCCGCCCCGCGCGAGGGCCCCGCGCGGGGCUCACGACCCUGCGCGGUCGGCCACGUCGGAUGCGCCGCCUAAUUAUGCCAGCCUCGGUCGGCCGCGGCCGCGUCGUGGCCUGGCGCGCUCGGUCUUGGCAUCGCUCGGACGUGCGCAUUGUUCCUUCGGCGAGGAGCAUCGAGGAGCAUCCCUCGAUCAUUUGGCGAACAAGCCACGCGCGAAACCGACAAAAACACAGGGAAUGGACGUCCGAGCGAUGGCCAGCGGUCGGAUGCGGCUCGGGCGGCCGCUGCGUUGGCCGCGUCCUCCCGGGGGCGUGGAUUCGCGGCGGGCCCCGUGUCCAUGGGAAAGCGCCGAUCUCCGCCGCCGAGCGAGGCGGCUCCGGCCGCGUUUUGGGGAGGGCGCCUCCUCCGAUGCGUGGAUUUGGCGACCACGCGCCGGAUCUCUGGAUCGCUAGAUCCACGCCCGCGCGCCCCCGAGCCUGGGGUGGCCACGCGACCGCGGGGGGGCGCUGUGCGCACGCCCCGAAGGCCCUCUGCGUGCUGGGCUCGGAGGGCUCCUUCCUGGAGCGCCGCGCGCGCCUCGACGCCAGGCUGCGGCGCAGCCUGGCGGUCACCAGGGCGGAGCUGGUCCGACGGAACAUCGUCCAGGGCGUCAGCGUGGUGCGGCGGGCCUCCCACGCGCUGGAGGCGUGGCUGCCGCGGCGGCCCCCCCUGGGAGCGCUGAUCGCCGCGGGCCGGCUGGCCACGGACUACGUCGACCGGGCCUUCCCCAUCCGGAGGGACAAAGAGCGGCAGAGGUACAAUUUCUCGGAGGUCCGCGCGGAUGCCUUGGAUCGGCGUUGGACUCUCCCCUCCUUGGCGCGCGGAGCGCGCCAGUGGCGGCGUCGGCGGCGCCCCGGGGUGGGGGAGCCCGGCAGAGCCGAUCAGAGAAAUCCGCGUGGACCUCUGGGGAAUCAUGCCUGUGCCGCUUUUUGCUUCUCGACCCAGCGACCCCGCCGGGAGCAGGGCGCCCCUCGCCGAGCGGGUCGAGCGCGUGCUGCUGGAGCGGCUCCUGGCGCCCCCCGCCCCGCAGCCUCGGGCGCCGCUGCGGACACUCUGGCCACCCCACGGCCUCGGCAGCGACCCUGGCGGCGACCCCGUGCCGCCCGCGCCGUCGCCCGCCCCCCGCGUGGACCCGGCAGCGCUGGCCAGCGUGGUGGUGCAGGUGCUGGCGGCCGCGGGCGCCCUCCCGCCUGCCUGGCACCCCGCGCCCGCUGGGCGCCCCGCGCCGCCGCCGCAGCCCCCCCGG